GAAAAUGGCGUCGUCGACAGCAUCGAGGGGAGCUAGCCGGUCCAGUUCUGUAUUAAUGUCUAAAACACAAACCGGGAUGAGGUCAGCACGGUGGUUUAAACAUUUCGACAGAAAUGUGAUCUUAUUUCUGUCGUUUGCCUCCAUGCUGCACUGUGCUUUGGCUGACGGCAAGACGCUGGUGCUGCUGGACAACCUCAACAUCAAAGACACCCAUUCAAUUUUCUUCCGCAGUCUGGCAGAUCGAGGUUUUGACCUCACAUUCAAGACGGCUGACGAUUCAUCCCUGUCUUUGAUCAAAUACGGGCAGUUCCUSUACGACCAUUUGAUCAUCUUCUCACCAUCCGUUGAGGACUUUGGUGGAAAUAUAAACGUGGAGACGAUAACGUCCUUCAUUGACGGCGGCGGCAAUGUCCUGAUUGCUGCUAGUUCUGAUAUUGGUGACCCUCUGAGGGAGUUGGGCAGUGAAUGUGGCAUUGAGUUCGACGAGGAGAAAACUGCCGUUAUUGACCACCACAACUACGAUGUGUCUGACCCUGGCGAGCACACGUUGAUUGUUGCUGACCCAGAGAACAUGCUGAAAGCCCCUUCUAUUGUGGGCAAACCUACCAAUAAACCUGUUCUAUUCAAGGGUGUUGGAAUGGUUGCUGACCCGGACAACCCGCUCGUUUUGGACAUCCUUACUGGCUCUUCAACUUCCUACUCGUAUUUUCCYGAGAGACCCAUCUCUCAGUACCCCCACGCUGUGGGUAAGAAUACCCUCCUGAUUGCGGGGCUCCAGGCGAGGAACAAUGCCAGAGUGGUUUUCAGUGGCUCUCUGGACUUCUUCAGCGAUGCCUUUUUCAACUCCGCCGUGCAGAAAGCCAGGCCAGGUUCACAGAGACACGAUCAGACGGGAAACAUGGAGCUGGCUGUGGCUCUGUCUCGCUGGGUGUUUAAGGAGGCAGGAGUCCUCAGAGUGGGCGCUGUUACCCAUCAUCGUGUGGGAGAAUCCACUCCUCCAGCAGCGUACACUGUUACUGACCUAGUGGAGUACAGCAUCGUCAUCGAAAUGUUGUCCGAGGGACGCUGGRUCCCGUUUGACGGAGAUGAUAUUCAGCUGGAGUUUGUGAGAAUCGAUCCCUUCGUCAGAACUUAUCUCAAGAAAAAUGGAGGUAAAUACAGCGUCCAGUUCAAGCUGCCUGAUGUGUAUGGAGUCUUCCAGUUUAAGGUGGACUACAACCGACUGGGAUACACACACCUCUACUCCUCCACUCAGGUAUCAGUACGGCCCCUGCAGCACACUCAGUACGAACGCUUCAUCCCCUCAGCCUACCCAUACUACGCCAGCGCCUUCUCCAUGAUGGCGGGACUCUUCGUCUUCAGUGUAGUCUUCCUGCACAUGAAAGAGAAGGAAAAGUCAGAUUAAUGCAGAAACGUCAACUGAUUUUGGGGGGAAAAAAACAAAUGUGGAAUUGAACUUGUGUGAAACUGAAUGUCUCGGUGGCUUGAGUUGUUUCUUUUGUUUUAUYGAGGGCACUCAAAAGGUAUUUGGGUCAAAAAGUGGGGUCUUGCUGCAGUGCAGUGCAGUACGUUUUGUUGAGAUAUGCCUUGAAAUGUCCCAAAGCCUAAAUGUUCUAAAGUCAGUCAGCUGUUGUACAAAGUUGCUUUACGUUUUAAUUAGUCUCUUCGCUAAAGCAGUUUGAAAUCAUGUCAAAAUGACCGACAUUUUCUCAAUUAGAAAAUGUAUUUUUGGGUAAACACAUGCACUGAAAAUGCCAACUCUUCCCUUGUUUUGUAAAAAUGUUUGCAUUUUGAAAAAAAAAAAAAAAACAGAAAUCCACUUCAAAUAAACAUUUUGA